AACGCUCCCACCGCUACGCCCCGCCCCGGUAGCGUCUACCCUGACGCCAGCCUUAAAGGGACCGCGCUGCGCUGCUGGACUGCCCGGCUCAGCAAUGGCGAGGCCAGGACACACCAGGAACCGUCCGUCGUUGGAGGAAGAUGAGGAUGAGGAGGCCGAGGACCCGCUGGACGCCAUGAUCUCACGGACAGGCUGCGCGGUGCAGCACCGGGAGCUGCAGGAGUGCAUGGCGGCACGGCAGGACUGGCGGCAUUGCCAGACCCAGGUCCGGGCUUUCGGCGAGUGCAUGGCUCGGCGGCAGCGUGCCGAGGAACCGCGCCGAGCACCCGGCUCACGCCAAGCCCAUCCUUCACCUGCCGGGGAUUGAAAUCACCGGGGAACCCCCACUCCUGGCACCGCCGGCCAGCCCACACUUGGUACCCCAGGAAUGGGGUAGCUGCACCAUUUGACCCUUUUUUGGUGUUAUUUUUUAUUCAAGCGGGUGGACGUGCCGGGUAAAUCCACGCUACGUUGUUGGGAAAUUAAAUCCGGUGGCGUUUGUUGUCCUGGCCGAA